GCGAAGGAAAAACAUCCGAUUCGUCCUUGCUCGGUGUGCAGUUCUUGAAUGCAACUAGGAAACCCGUAUGCCUGGAAUGAGUGAUUGAGGUCUUAUAGCGACUAAAAUGACGGUCGGCGAAAGAAAACAUAAACGGAAAGACUGAUCACAUGCGCUAGGAGGGACCAAAGAAAAUGUAGCUGAAUUUGAGGUGCCUUUUACUCAAACGUCAUCAGAAAAUGCUGAACGAGAGAGAUGAGGACAAUCUAUUGAAUGUCAUGGAACUUCCUUAACACCUGACCCACUGGGAUUUAAACUGACAAGUGAUAUCCUCAAGGGGCUUCAGGAAAGAGGGCAGGAGUAUGAUGGAGAUGGGGGCGCUGCCAUUGGAGCUGUGGCGGCUGAUCCUGGCCUACCUGCCCCUUCCUGACUUGGGCAGGUGCUGCCAGGUGUGCCGGGCGUGGCGCGAACUGGUCCUCAGCCUGGAUGCCACCCGCUGGCGCCAGCUCUGCCUGGGCUGUCCUGAGUGUCGCCACCCCAACUGGCCCCGCUGGCCCAACCUGGAGCCGCCCUCCUGGAGAGAGGCCUUGCGGCAGCACGCCCUGGCCAGCCGCACAUGGGCACAGAAUGUUCCAGAGCUGCAGUCCUCUGCUUGCCUUACCCUGUUCCGCAGGCGCAAAGACAGGCGCGUGUGGCGUGUGGGGGCCGGUGCCGGCUGUGACUUCGAGACCCUAAGGGGAGCGCUGACGGUGGCAGGACCUUACGACCGGGUGGCACUGCAGCCGGGCCUCUAUGAGGAGCAAGCUGAGGUGUCCCUCAAGGUGCCUGUGGAGAUUGUGGGUGUGGGCAAGUUGGGCGAUGUGGCACUGUUGGUUAGCUUUGAUCAGCAGUGCCCUACUGCCCGACUCUGCAACUUGGUGUUGAUGCCCGCUUGGUUCUCCCCUGUGGUUUACAAGACAUCAGCAGGUCAUGUCCAGCUGGAUAACUGUAAUUUCGAGGGUGCCCAGAUGCAGGUGAGGGGUCCAGGCACAUGCCAGGCACGCUUCUGCUCAUUCGCUCAGGGAGCCUCCGCACACUUCCUGGGCGUGGCUCUGAGCCUGAUGGACAGCUGUGAGUUCAGUGGUAGCGACCAGGCCUCUGUGACUGUGGAAGGCCCACCUGUUGCUGAACGCAACUGGGCCUGCAAGCAUCUGGCUGCACUUAUUAAAACUAUGGCAACAAACUCCGUGGCAAUGACACCAACAGACGCCCUUAAAGAGGGCAUUGUGAACAGUCCGUCCACAGCUAUGCCCCCUGGAGGGCCCAUCCCCAUGGAGUCUUGGACCGGUCAAGACACAGAGAAAGGAGGAGGGCCGAGAGGGGGAAAGGGAGCGCUACUGAGCCAGGGCACGCUGCUGGAGGAUGGAUGGAUCGAGGGUGACCUGAAGAAAGAGGACGAGGAGGUUGGGGGGAUGAAAAGAACGGACCUGGCGUACUUGCUCUCCUAUGAGGCCCAUGGGCUGGCCCACCUGUGGGAGCGCGGGGAUGUGGCGGAGAGUGAGGAACCUGGGCUACGCUCCCUGGUCCAAGAGCUGCAAACGGAUGCCGAUGCACAGAUGCUGGUUGCGGCGGUGCACGGCUGUGUGCUGCGUCACUGCCUGCUGCGGGAUGGCAAGGGCGGCGUGCACAUGUGCAACCACGCCCACGCACGCCUCGAAGCAAACAUCUUCACCCGCCUGCACUACGCUGUCCGCUGCAUUCAGAAUGCUAAGAUGGUGAUGUUGGGUAACGAGGUGAGUGGGUGCAGAGCCUCGGGGGUGUUCCUUCGCCUCUCUGCUCAGGGGCUCAUUGCUGAAAACAAUAUCCACUCUAAUGCUGAAGCUGGCCUCGACAUCCGCAAGGGAGCCAACCCCAUCAUCCUGUGCAAUAGAAUACACAGUGGUCUGCGUUCUGGGAUUGUUGUUCUGGGAAACGGCAAAGGCUCUAUCCGUAGCAACCAGAUCUAUGGCAACAAGGAGGCCGGAGUUUACAUACUGUUCAAUGGGAAUCCUGUGGUCAGUGGAAACCACAUCUUCCAAGGGCAGGCAGCAGGCAUCGCUGUGAAUGAAAAUGGCCGAGGCCUAAUCACUGACAACGUGAUCCGUGAGAACCAGUGGGGCGGGGCAGAUAUCCGACGCGGUGGAGAUCCCGUCUUGAGGAAUAACUUCAUCUGCCACGGCUACUCUGAUGGGGUGGUGGUGGGGGAGAGGGGCAGGGGCCUCAUCGAAGGAAACCACAUCUAUGGAAACAAUGGCUGCGGUGUGUGGGUGAUGUCGUCCAGCUUGCCUCAGCUGCUGGGGAACUAUAUCACCCAUAACCGCAUGUAUGGGCUGGCUCUGUUCUGCCGGAAGGACCCCGAGCCUGGAGCUGGGAGAGAGGGAGGAGUGGACAGGGGGGCCGAGAGAGAUGGAGAGAGAGGAGUUGGAGGAGAAAAUUUGAAUGAGGAAGGCGAGCUGUCUGCCUGGGAGAAUGACCUUGACAGCGAGGACGAGCGCUUUUCUGCCAGGCGACCAAUCAGUGUUGCACUAGUCGAGAGCAACUGCAUGAGCCACAAUGGAGCGGAGGGAGUGUACGUGAAGAGCUGUGAGAGUGUGAACAUCGUCGGCAACAUGGUGGGGGAGAACCGAGGAGUUGGCAUGGCCGUGUUGCAGAGCACCCAGCUCACUCGCUUGGUGGGCAACUGCAUCCGCGGGAAUGCCCAUGCUGGAGUGACCGUGGCCAAGGAAUGCCGCGUGGAGCUCCGCGGAAAUGGUGUCUAUGCCAACGGUGGCCAUGGGGUCAGUUACUGUGGAGACGGACUGAUUGUGGAGAAUGAUAUUGUGGGAAACCGGCGUAGUGGUAUCCGAGCAACAGACAAUGCAGACGUAAAGGUGUUGAGGAACCGAGUCCAGGCUGGCCUGGGCUGUGGGAUCAGCAUCGAGGAGCAGGUGCGAGGCCUGGUACAGGACAACCUUGUUUUCCAGCGCCACCCGUCCAGCCCCACAUCCCAGAUUCAACUGGACCCUGGGAACCAUGACUGCAUGCUGCUCAACAACAUCCUGCUCAGCCCCUCACUGCACGGAUCCGGCUGCCCUGACCCCCACUGGGCCCUGGAAAACCCCCCUCCCCGUCCCCAUAGCAACGACUCCUCUGGCUCCAGCUCCUCUGCCCAUCCCACAAACCUUGCUAUCGCUGUAACAACAAGAAUUACCGCCUCUGUGGAGAGUGGUUGCCAUAACAACGGCAGCAUCUUCUGCACAGUUCUUUGAGGAGGACCUGUGAAGAUUCUUUUGACUGUACAUGUCACUUUGACACUGCAGGGCCCAGAUAGCUCUACAACAAUAUGCACGACAGGAUUGGCCUGGCCUGUUGAAAGAAGCUUACUGAGCAACCAUUUUACAGAGUUUUGCCUUUUUGUGUGAUUAAGCUGUGAACAGCUGUGGUCAAACACCACAGCAUGAUGACUGAGCCAAGUUUGGGUAAGCAAAACAGGCCUGGUGAUAGUGGUCCCUGAGCUAGAUACAGCAAUGUCUGCUGGCCAAUGUACCGAAGUGUCAAGAGCCUUAGCCUUUCCAGCAGAUCACAUCAGUACAGCAGUGUGUAAGCGGUGUGCCAAAACACAUUCCUAACUCUUGAGAAGAACAUACUGGAGGUGAGAGGGAAUAAAAGCACAAUCAGGGUGAUGCGCUCUGCCCUACAGAGGCCUGAGGAAGGUAAGCAGCAGUGGCGUGUGCGCCAAGGGACCCAGUCUCCCUCAGUGCCCAUCUGCAGCCAGCAGGAGCAGUUCAACCACAACAUGCCCCGCUGCCUCUGCCAAGACGACACCUGCCUGGGCUACUCACACCUCACCGAGCCAAAGGACCAGCACCCUUCUACGUCGUUGUUUACAAGGUUUCACUGAUCAAGACCCAGUGUCAAUGCUAACAUUCCAUACCGGCAAUCUAUUUUAAACUGAACGUGUUGUCUUUUCAAAGUACUCUCCUGUGGUUACCUUUGGUAAAAAUGAACCCACUAUCUUAGUAUUUGUCUCAGCUCAACUAUCAACAAAUCUUUUUUUUUACAAAUGUGCCUAUCUUUUUGUUUCAUUAAA